GGUCCUUUGAGGCAGGCGGCGGGCGGGCUGUUUUUGGAGCAGGGAGCUACCACAGCGGCGGAGGAUGGAGGCGGUGGUGUUUAUCUUCUCUCUGCUGGACUGCUGCGCGCUAAUCUUCCUCUCCGUGUACUUCAUAAUUACAUUGUCUGAUUUAGAAUGUGAUUACAUUAAUGCUAGAUCAUGUUGUUCAAAAUUAAACAAGUGGGUAAUUCCAGAAAUGAUUGGCCAUUCUGUUGUCACUGUAUUGAUGCUUGUUUCAUUGCACUGGUUCAUCUUCCUUCUCAAUUUACCUGUUGCCACUUGGAAUAUAUAUCGGUUCAUUAUGGUGCCAAGUGGCAACAUGGGUGUGUUUGACCCAACAGAAAUACACAAUCGAGGGCAGCUGAAGUCACACAUGAAAGAAGCCAUGAUCAAACUUGGUUUCCACUUGCUCUGUUUUUUCAUGUAUCUUUAUAGCCUUGGAUUAAGUCUAGCUUUGGUGGAAGCCAGGGAGCACUAAGCUCAACUCCCCUGCAGCCGACGUUUCAGGGUGGAAGGACUGCCCAGCAACACAAGAAAGGAGAAACGAGGUAGGAAAAGUGGCCGUGGCUCUAUUGGCCUCUUGGGGGGGUGGUCAGAUUCUCCUGUGAUAUGUAUUUCUGCCAGGCAACGGGCCAAGCAGCUGGUACCAGAUCUCUUUUCCCCUUUCUCUCGGAUGCACCUUCUGUUUAAAAAAGUCCUUUCCCCUAACUUCCAGUGACUCUUUACGUUCUGCUCAAGCUUGUGAAGCUGUUGGGGAAUUUAAAUCCUUAGCACCCAGAGACUAACAAGCUACUUAAAGUAGCUCAGAGUGGUGAGCAGAUGUUUUGUCCUAAUAACCAAAACCAGUACCCACAGAGCCAAGUGCCUCGGGGUUGUGGGUUCACAUGUCAGGUUAGGUUACUGAGUAGGUGAGAGAGGUACCUUGCCUUGCAUGUAGCAAGACCAGCAGCACUUUCCCUCUGAAGCAUUAACUCUGUUUAAAAGCAAAAACUCUUUCUUGUAUUGUUUGUCUGUACCAAAGUUAGAAAGGGAGUGAGACGAGCCACUCUAGUUUUUUUUUUUAAGGGCUGUACUACAAAUGACGAAAAGGGGCAGAGAAGCUCCAACUUUAAAAUAGCUGUGAUUAAGAUGCCGAAGGUCAAUUUCUUAUGCUUCGUACCAAUGGGAGGGUUGUGGAGCACCUCACUGGGUCUGAGGGCCUGCAGGUUGUCAGGGCUCAAGUGUGAGCACCUGGGAUCCUGAUGUUGUGUGCAGGGCUGUUGCUUUCCCUCCUCACACUGUCCAGUGUAAAGAACUGGGCUGGAACUGGGACCAGCUGGUGCAGGUCACCCUGGGUGCUCCCAUAUCCCAGUCUCCGUCUGUGAGUUGGGUACUUCCUCUGCCCUUUUCCUGCUGUCCUUCUAGCAAUAGCAGGCCCUGUUGCUAAUACCUGGAGCCUCAGCUGAGAGCAAAGAUGCAGUUGAGUCCAUCAGAGCCUGGCAGGCCCUGUGCUGCCCUUUCCUGCCUACCACACCAAUGACCAUGGGAUGGGAGGCCAGCCAGCUAUCCCUGGCCUGGCCUGGUGUUGGGCUAAGAAAGCUUCCUGCAGCCCUUGGUCUCCUGUGAUUCAUCACUUGCUGUCUGGUGUCACAGUUCCUGUGUGCAGUUAAUCUGCUAGAUUGUGCGCUCCUAGAGGGCAGAGUCCAUGCAAACUCAUGUUUGUAUCUUCCUUUCUCUCCUGGCACCUACCACUGUGCCCUGCACACAGAAACAAUAAAUGAGUGUUGAGUAACACAUAAGUCUGACUGUGGUUCCAGCGGGAAGUCUAACUGAUGUCUUCUAAACAGUGAGUCACAGCCCAGCACUGUGACUUUUCAGGCAGCGACACUGAAUACUCUAACACUGUUAGGCUAGGAGAGGAGACUGCUGAGAUCAGCACUGCUCAUGAUUUAUAUUUUGUCAGAAGUAGUUGUCCAAAGUAUCAUAUACUAGGUGUAAUUGUCCAAAAAACAUCUAGGUAAAACUGGAGCAUAUGGAAAUAGGCAGCAGGGUAAAGACAGGUAAAUUUGAAAUUAUUUACUUUCUAGAUCUCUGCUACCUAAAGUUUGAUACAUCAAGCCAAAUAAGACUUUUUCUCGGUAGCAUUAACAUAUUGAUAUAUUUUUGUUGUAGUAAAACUGCAAUUAAUAAGGCUUCAGUUAUAAAUAAGUUUGUCAGUGAAGCCUUUUGGACUAAGCCAUACUUUUCAUGAAUGAUCUAAAGCGCAGAAAAGCCAGUGUUUUGUUAAUGACUGAGGGCUGCUUAAAGCCUUGGGUGAGCACAAGCUAAUAUGGUACUACACACCAGGUGCUCUCUAGAAAAAGGCCCUUGGAAGAGGCUGCUUUCAUCUCCCACUGCAUUCUCUGAGGCUGUGCCAAGAUUGGGUGGCUGGUCAGCCAGCCAGCUGGGACCUCAGCGGUUUGACUGUGGAUCCCUUUGUUGUAUCAGUUAUGGAGCAACAUGGUUUCAUCUACUAUUUCUCCUUGAACAUUAGAACCUACUUGCACUAAAAUGUGUUGGCUAAUACUUACUCUCGUUUCCUGAGAUAUACUCCCAUAAACAUUAGAACUUUGUUAAAACAUUAAUCAGUUUAACAACAUUAAGCUCCCUUUCUUAAAACGCGCCUUCUGUCAGAUUAUCUGUCAGGUAGCAGGAACGAAACAGCUGUCCUGUCAGCAGAGUACCCACCCUUGGGCUGGCCUCAGCCUGGCACUGACUGAGGCAUAUGCAACCUGCUGCCGACACUCUCCAGCACCUUCUUACUCCUGUGCACCCAGAAAUCCCUGUUCCGUGUCAUCUCCCUUCUGCUGGUCUAGGAACCAUGUACUUGGGACAGGAGGCCAACGCAUGAACAAGAAAGGAGUUUGAGACAAAAUACCCAACACAAGCAGCACAGAGCACAGGUUUAUUUAGCUCACCGGGUGUGUAGU